UUCUUAUGAGAAGACUGUGGUUCAGUUUAGCAAAAAACAAAAAAACAAAAAACAGACGACUUCCCUCUACACGCGUUUGGUAUUCGAGAAAGUUGCCUCCCCUCGAGAAAAUUUUUUGACUCUGUUCCCUUUUAUUUUUUUCUCGAGAAAUAAUAAAAAAACAAACAUAUUAGCAAAAAGUUCAAAAGGAAAACCCUAACACAUAAUAAGCUUCCCAAAUGCACGGUCACAUCUACCUAUCUCGUUUAGCAUCUCCCUAGCGUCGUCGUUUUUCGUCUCUCCCGCCGAUCAGAUCAGGCUUCUCACCGGCGAGAGAUUGUCACUGUCUUUUCUCUACUGUUUAUUAUCACGAUUCCCAGGCCAAUGAAGGGGGAAAUGAGGGGGUUGCAUGAGGCAUAGCCUAUAGGUUUUUUAUUGAAGUUGCUUUUUUGGGACUUCAUUUCAGUUGUUGUUUGACAAAGUAAUGUUUAUUGAUACAACAUUGUGCCAUCAGUUCAGGAAUGAACCACCAUGACCUGCAGGCACAGAGAAGGGAGAUGAAGCACAAAGGAAGAAAUGUAGUCUGGUCAAUUGCAAUGGACAAGUGUCUAAUUGAAGCUCUGGCAGUUCAGGCUAAAAAUGGGAAUAAAAUUGACAAAUGCUUUAAUGAAAAUGCAUAUACUGCUGCUUGUAUUGCUGUGAAUUCUCGUUUUAAUUUGAACUUGAACAAUCAAAAAGUCAUUAAUCGCCUUAAGACAAUUAAGAAAAGGUACAAGGUAAUGAGGGAUAUGCUAAGUCAAGAUGGAUUUAGGUGGAAUCCAAAGACAAAGAUGAUCGAAUGUGACAGUGAAGAUCUAUGGAAAAGAUAUGUAGUGGCACAUCCCGAUGCAAAAGGAUUUCGUGGAAAGCAGAUUGAGAUGUAUGAUGAGCUAAAGAUUGUUUGCGGAAAUUAUCAAGCCCCGAGUCGUUGGGCUAAGAUGAAGGACGGAAGUCAUCCAAUGGGAUACAAGAAUUUUGAAGAGGAUUCUGCUUCUUUUGUAUCGCCAAGCUCAGAUGAUUUAAGUGAUACAGAUGGGACUGAGUCAUAUUCUGGGCAACCAGAGUAUUUACAUGAAGGUAGUCAAGAUCCUCCUGUAAUGGAACCACUGCGACAACUCCCAAAGCGGCCUCGUGAGUCGGAUGCUCUUCAGGAGGCAAUGUUGGCAGUGGCAUCCAGCAUUCGGCGGCUGGCUGAUGCAAUGGAUCAAAGUAAAACUACAAUCAAUCCCUCUGAAUUGCUACAGGCUGUUUUGGAGAUUGAUGGUCUGGAAGAAGCUAAACAGAUGUAUGCAUUCGAGUAUUUGAAUGCCGACCCUAUCAAAGCUAGGGCAUUCAUGACAUAUAAUGUUCGGAUGAGGAAGAUGUAUUUGUUUCGUAAGUUUUGGUGGUGGAAAUGAAUGACAGGUGCUGAAUUUCGAAAACCUUUUGGUAUAUGAUCUAUAUUAGAUGUUGACAAAUUGAACCUUAUUUCAUUGAUCAUUAGAAAUGAAUGUACAGAUUUCAUAUGUGAAGAAACAA